GCAGGGCCAGCGCGGCGCCCGAGGGUCGCGCCCGCGUCCGUGUCCAUCCCCCGGCCGCAGACCCCGCGCUCCCCGCGCCCUACCGCCACCUGCUGCGCAGCGCCGCUGGCUCUCGACGCUGCGGCCGGGGGUCAGCGCGCACCCCGGCAAAGCAGCCCCCCGCGUGUCCCCGCGGACUGAGAGCUCUUCCCGGCACGCUCGCCAAGCACAGCCACGCUCCGGUGCCAGGUGUUGCCUACUGUGUGCUGAGUUGGGACUGAAAUUCCACCUCAGCUGGCCUUACUUGACCUCCAGGGCUCACAGGGAAAGCCUUGUGUGUGGGAGCCGAAGCCUUGGACAACAAACUGAGCCCUCCUCAACCUGGUCCACUUGCAUCUUAGAUCCAUUGCCCUUACUGUUCGCUUUCUGGUUUAGAGAGCAUCCUGCCCUUCCCUGCAAACUCUAGGUUCUGUGUGAAGAGCAGAGCUUCCAGGGAUACCCAGCACCUGCACUGUCAGAAGCAGCUCUCAGAAUGUUCUGGGUCGAUUCUGAGGGCCUCCUAUCACUUUACCAGAUAUUGUUCCCUGAUUCCCACCAGACAGAUUCCUGCUGAACACGGCUGGCUUCCAUGCCUACAUGAGGCAUGCACUGAGUUCACAGCAGUUGCUUGUCUCUCGGUGACCUGGAUAUGAUUUCCACAAGGGUGAUGGACAUUAAACUUCGGGAGGCUGCUGAAGGCCUUGGGGAGGACAGCACAGGAAAGAAAAAGUCCAAAUUUAAAACUUUUAAGAAGCUGUUUGGGAAGAAGAAGAGAAAAGAAUCACCCUUACCCACAGGAAACAGCACCUGGAAGCAAAAUCCGGCCAAGAGCGAGGUUAUCGUUGUUGAGGAGUCAGGGCCGGUGUAUGACUCUGAAGAUGAGCUGGAGGAGUCCAGAGGCACGAUGGGCAACCGGGCCCUCUCCCACGAUAGUAUUUUCUUUCCUGAAUCGGGACAGGACCCUGCUCGGCCUGUGCGGGUGUUCUCCCAGGAGAAUGUGUGUGACCGGAUCAAGGCUUUGCAGUUAAAGAUACAAUGUAAUGUGAAGCUGGGGCCACCACCUCCAGGAGGCCUUCCUAUCAAGCGGACAGAGGAAACCGGCAUGAGCUCUGAGGAUGACGGACUGCCCCGGAGCCCCCCAGAGAUGUCCUUGCUGCAUGAUGUGGCUCCAGGCACAACUAUAAAGAUCCUAGUGUCCUCAUCACAGCCGCAGUCUCCGGACCACAUGAGCGAUGCCUCUGUCUCGUCUCGGACCUUGGAUGGCAGCCUGGCACCUGUGGUUGACUUCAGCCACCCUCCAGAAUUCUCCUCCUGCCUGGACAACUCUGCAGCUAAACACAAGCUCCUGGUGAAGCCCCGCAACCAGCGAUCAAGUAAACUGAGGCGGCUAUCUUCGAGGGCACAAUCCGAGUGCCUGAGUGAUCUGUCGUGGACCUUAGAGGAGGAAGACUAUGAUGAGAAGCCAUUGUUCCUUGUUAGCAUGGAAGAGAACCCAGAUGCUAGGAAGCGGGACUUGACGCUGAGCAGAAGGCCUGAGUUUGGGGGACCCGCAACCUUGCUGUCACCUGGAGGGGCCUGUGCCAGGCGUGCUCGCCUACAGCACAGCAUGGCAGUCAGUGCCAGCAUGGAGGAGGGAGGCUCUCCUAGAGAUGAACCCUCAAGUCUCCCGGCUAUGCCAGAGGUCACUGAGCCCAUGGCGGUCUCAGUCCCAUGCUUGGAGUCCUCAUCUCUGCCAGAAAGUUCUCCAUACCACAUUCCUCAUGGUGAAAUCACGAAGGAAGAGCUGUCCACAGGAGGCCUGUGUCCCCUAGUGGAGAGUACAUCAGAAGAGGUUCCUGGUGGUUCUGGAGAUGUGGAAACCCCACUAUCUACUGAUGUCCUCGAGGGGGGCGUGGUACCUUCCAAGGGGAACUCUACACUUCCUGAGGGAGACCCAGCAUUUCCUGAAGGAGACACAACACUCCUUGGAGGGGAUACUAUGCCUCCUGAGGGAAGCACGACACCUCCCAAGGGUGUCAUGGCACCUCCUGAGAGAGACAUGUCACCUUCUGAGGGAGAUGUGGCACCUCCCAAGAGGAUCAUGGCACCUCUAGAGAGAGGCAUGUCACCUUCUGAGGGAGACGUGGCACCUCCCAAGAGGAUCAUGGCACCUCCAGAGAGAGACAUGUCACCUUCUGAGGGAGACGUGGCACCUCCCAAGAGGAUCAUGGCACCUCCAGAGAGAGACAUGUCACCUUCUGAGGGAGACAUGGCACCUCCCAAGAGAAUCAUGGUACCUCCAGAGAGAGGCAUGUCACCUUCUGAGGGAGACAUGGCACCUCCCAAGAGAAUCAUGGUACCUCCAGAGAGAGGCAUGUCACCUUCUGAGGGAGACGUGGCACCUCCCAAGAGAAUCAUGGUACCUCCAGAGAGAGGCAUGUCACCUUCCGAGGGAGAUGUAGCACCUCCCAAGAGAAUCAUGGUACCUCCAGAGAGAGACAUGUCACCUUCUGAGGGAGACGUGGCACCUCCCAAGAGGAUCAUGAUCAUGGCACCCCCAGAGAGAGACAUGUCACCUUCCGAGGGAGAUGUGACACCACCCAAAGGGAUCGUGGAGCCUCCUAAUAGGGACACGUUACUUCUAAAGGGAGACAUACCACCUCCUGAGACUAUCACUGAUACUAACUUGGAGACAACUUCAGAUACAGAGAGACAGGACCAAAGUGUCCAGAAGGAAGAGGAGCUGACCCUGGUGGUACCCAGGCCUGAGGGAGUGGGAACAGAGUCUUCUACAGCCCCUGCCCCAAGCCCUCCGGUACCCAAGAGCUGCCUGAAGCACAAAGCCUUGGUUCUCAGUGGGUCCCCCACAGAGUCUCCUCUGAAAGAGCCCAGCCCAGCAGUCCAGGAGAAAGCAGCUGUGCUUCCGGCCCGCCCUAGGCCUACACAGGCUGCAACCUCAGGAGGUCCAGAGAGGGCAGCCCUGGGGAGAAAGAACGAGCGGAGUGCAGAGCCACAGCGCAGCGUUAAGAGGUUCUCUGUGACCUCAAGCAGGGCACGUACCCGUGCCAGCAGCUCUCGCCUUCCAGAAUAUUCUGCGCAGGUGCCUGCCGGGGGCCGGGCACCCUUGCUGCGGAGUGGCCUUGCCUGGAGGAGUGAGGCAGCACUUGAUGACCUUCAGGUGCUGCCAAAGCCACAGGAGCGGAAGACAACGGGUGGUGACCCUCAAAACUCAGGGGAUAAGGGGGCCGGCCAGGCAGGACCGGGCAAGAGCCCCCAGGAUGCUGAGCCAUGUGUCUCCUCUGUGCAGGAACCAGCCUCUGGGGAGGACCAGAACCCCUUCCCAGUCAAGCUGCGGUCCACCUCACUCUCACUCAAAUACAGAGACAGCUCUGCUCAGGAGGCCAAAGCCAUCAAGAGGUACAGCGCUGAAGUCAGGUUGGAGAAAGGAGGCCUGGCUCUGCUCCCCAAGGAUGAACAGAGCCACGUCGGGACUGCCCCCGCACAGCGAGGCUCCAGGUCCCCCAAUGGGCAAGGGAAAGGAAAGACCAAAUCUCCUGAGCAGCCUGGUACCAAGCCACCCCUGCCCAGGAAGCCACUUCUGCAGAGCCUUACCUUGCCAUAUCCACCCGCAGGCCUGGAUGCCAGCCCUGGGGAGUCCGAGAGACUCAUACCGGUCAUCCUGCCUCCUGAGCCCAGGAAGGAGAAGUUGCCCCAUCAGGGAGCUGAAAAGAGUCAGCCUCCUAUGGCUACAGGUCCUGGGAAUGAUGGGCAACCCACCCCACCCUGGAUCACCAUGGCCCGGCAGAAGCGAAGAGGAGCCCCAGACCUGCCCGUCAACCAGGAAGAGAAGCCUGGGUCACGGCUCCUAAAGACAGAAACUGGAAAGCAAGCAAAGGUGGCCGAGAGAGCCCAGGAGUCUGUGAAGCAGGGUGACUUCGUCCGGAGCAAAUCUUUCCUGAUGACCCCAGCAAAGCCUGCUGUGACCCAGAGGCAGGGGUCAAAGCUGAGCCUCAAGGAGGGGCUUCAGAGAGGAAUCUCAUUGUCCCAUCAGAACUUGGCUCAGGCUGCAGCAUCCACAGAGAAGGAACUUCAUCAGCUGAAGAGAGCCAGUUACGCUAGUACAGAUCAGCCAUCCUGGAUGGAACUCGCCAGAAAGAAAUCUCAAGCCUGGAGCGACAUGCCCCAAAUCAUAAAAUAGAUUGGCAGCCUGCUGAUGAAGAGUGCCCACUGUAUCGACGAGCCACUUAGUUUUAAACUGCCAAUAAAUCGUGGCAAGCAGACUGUGAAACUUAAGAUUGAUUUUUGUCAACCGGUUAUGAUGUACUCAGAGAACAGAGAGGAACCAGGGAGAACAAAGACCAGCAGACAGCCUCAGUGCCGGGCCAGAGGGGCUGUGGUAAGAAUGUUGCAAAGCCCAGGGGGCCCCAUUCCUGUGCUGGGAUGUCAGCGUGAGCCUACGAGUCCCAGGUCUGCGCUGCCUCUUGCCAUCAGCCAGUGCCUCUGGCCACCGUCUUGCCGUGGACCACCGUUGUCUUUCUUGUUUACUGAUAGGCAUGAUGUUUGUGGUAAAGCAGGGAUGCCCUUUACAAGAGCAGCUACCCACCUAACAAUCCAGUUUCCUGAAGAAACCUACCCCGAGAAGGAGAGGAAGGGAUGUGGCAGGGUUUGUCAAUUCAUAGACUGUUUCCAAAAAUAAUUUUUAAACUUUUCCACUAGGCAUCUGUGUCCUGAACCAUUGCAAAAUGCAUUGCCUGUUUAA